AAAUUCUUCUCUCUUCGGUCCCUGCUUACUUGAAUCCUGGAGGCUGCUCAGACUCUUGCCCUACACGCCCCCUUCUCUAGACUGGCUUGCGCAAACUCAGAGCCGCAGAAGCUCAGACCCUGGGAAACGGUGGCCCAAGGCCAAGGCUGACACUGAACUGUAACUCCCAGCCCCUCCCCUUGCCUGGGCCUCUGGAAAGCUGACUGCAAGCAAAUUUCUGGGGGCAGAAAUGGCUGCCGGCGGCCGAGGUCUCAUCAGGGCCUUGCACUCCUCUCCCUGCCCUGCUUGGAAACGAGCUCAGUCGGGAGCCAACGGGCGCCUGAAGCCCGAGUACGAUGCCGUGGUGAUAGGAGCAGGACACAAUGGGCUGGUGGCUGCAGCAUACCUCCAGAGACUGGGGGUGAAUACCGCGGUCUUCGAGAGGCGCCAUGUGAUAGGGGGCGCAGCUGUCACGGAAGAGAUCAUUCCUGGGUUCAAGUUCUCCCGAGCAUCCUAUCUCCUGAGCCUACUGAGGCCACAGAUUUACACAGACCUGGAGCUGAAGAAACACGGGCUGAAACUUCAUCUGAGAGACCCCUACUCCUUCACCCCCAUGCUGGAAGAGGGCACACUGAGCAGGCUGCCCAGGUCCCUUCUGCUGGGCACAGACAUGGCUGCAAACCAGAAGCAAAUCUCUCAGUUCUCACGGAAGGAUGCUCAGGUAGGGAAGGCCUUCCCCAAAUACGAGGAGUUCAUGAAACGCUUGGUGCUAGCCAUUGACCCCCUACUAGAUGCAGCUCCAGUGGACACAGCAGCCUUUCGGCAUGGCUCUCUGCUGCAGAGGCUCAGGGCAUUGUCCACCCUGAAGCCCCUGCUGAAGGCAGGGCGCACCCUGGGAGCCCAGCUUCCCCAAUAUUAUGAGGUCCUCACAGCCCCCAUUUCCAAGGUGCUGGACCAAUGGUUUGAGUCUGAGCCUCUGAAGGCGACUCUGGCAACAGAUGCUGUGAUUGGAGCAAUGACGAGUCCCCACACCCCGGGGAGUGGGUAUGUGCUGCUGCAUCACGUGAUGGGCAGCCUGGAGGGGAUGCAGGGCGCCUGGAGCUACGUCCAGGGUGGCAUGGGCGCCCUCUCUGAUGCCAUCGCGAACUCUGCUGCUACACAUGGAGCAAGCAUCUUCACAGAAAAGACUGUGGCUAAGGUGCAGAUGAACAGUGAAGGCCGUGUCCAAGGAGUCACACUGCAGGACGGCGACGAGGUCAGAAGCAGAGUCGUCUUGUCCUGCGCGUCACCACAGGUCACCUUCUUAGAGCUGACACCGCAGGAGUGGCUUCCUGGGGCCUUUGUGAAGAGAAUCUCCCAGCUGGACACCCAGUCUCCUGUCACCAAGAUCAAUGUGGCUGUGGACAGGCUGCCAAACUUCCAGGCGGCCCCUAAUGCUCCUGGGGACAAGCCCCAAGCUCACCAUCAGUGUUCCAUCCACCUGAACUGUGAAGACACCCUGCUCCUCCACCAGGCCUUUGAAGAUGCCAAGGGUGGCCUGCCUUCCCAAAAGCCUAUGAUUGAACUCUGCAUCCCAUCAUCGCUGGACCCCACCCUGGCUCCACCAGGCUGCCAUGUUGUCUCCCUCUUCACUCAGUAUACACCCUACACCCUGGCAGGAGGCAAGGUCUGGGAUGAGCAGGAGAAAAACACCUACGCAGACAAAGUGUUUGACUGUAUCGAGGCCUAUGCCCCCGGCUUCAAGAGAUCUGUGCUAGCCAGAGAUAUCCUCACCCCACCGGAUCUAGAGAGAAUCUUCGGGCUUCCUGGAGGGAACAUAUUCCACGGUGCCAUGUCCCUGGACCAGCUCUACUUUGCCCGUCCAGUGCCCCAACACUCUGACUACAGAUGCCCAGUGCAGGGCCUGUACCUCUGUGGGAGUGGGGCCCAUCCUGGAGGAGGCGUCAUGGGAGCAGCUGGACGGAAUGCAGCCCACGUAGUCCUUAGAGACCUCAAGAACAUGUGACACUGGACCAGCUCUGACCCUGGGGAGGAAAGCUCCUGCACGUUGAGCCACCUAGCAGGCCAUCUGCCCAAGACGCCCUGCUCCCAAGGAGGCCGUUGGAGACAAACUGUAGUAGCAAGGUGCCAUUUGUUCCUUAAUCAGAGACUCAGUUGCAUUUAGCACAAUCUCACCUGUGGCCCAGGUGUCCAUGGAUCAGCUGGGUUUGUCUCACCUGUGCCUCAGGUGUCCAUAGAUCAGCUGGGUUUGUCUUUUUAAAAACCAUGUUUUGUAUAGAGA